GGCGGGUCCGAGGCGGGGCGUCGGCCUGCAGCCAUCCCGCCGCCAGCCCGCCCUCCCCCGGCCGGCUCCUCGGCGCCGCCUGGGGUCCUUUCCGCCCGGUGCCGCCCGCCAGCCCCGUGCCCGUUCGGCCAGGCCUGGAGCCGAGUUCUCCGCCAUCAUGCCGGCUGUAUCCAAGGGCGAUGGCAUGCGCGGGCUCGCCGUGUUCAUCUCCGACAUCCGGAACUGCAAGAGCAAAGAGGCCGAGAUCAAGAGGAUCAACAAGGAACUGGCCAACAUCCGCUCCAAGUUCAAAGGAGACAAGGCCUUAGAUGGCUACAGUAAGAAGAAGUAUGUGUGCAAGCUGCUCUUCAUCUUCCUGCUUGGCCAUGACAUUGACUUUGGACACAUGGAGGCUGUGAACCUGCUAAGCUCCAACAAGUACACAGAAAAGCAGAUAGGGUACCUGUUCAUCUCAGUCCUGGUGAACUCGAACUCAGAGCUGAUCCGGCUCAUCAACAACGCCAUCAAGAAUGACCUGGCCAGCCGCAACCCCACCUUCAUGUGCCUGGCCUUGCACUGUAUCGCCAAUGUGGGCAGCCGUGAGAUGGGCGAGGCCUUUGCCGCUGACAUUCCCCGAAUCCUGGUGGCUGGAGACAGCAUGGACAGUGUGAAGCAAAGUGCAGCCCUGUGCCUGCUUCGACUCUACAAGGCGUCCCCUGACCUGGUGCCCAUGGGCGAGUGGACAGCACGCGUAGUGCACUUGCUCAACGAUCAGCACAUGGGAGUGGUCACAGCCGCUGUCAGCCUCAUCACCUGUCUCUGUAAGAAGAAUCCAGACGACUUUAAGACCUGUAUCUCCCUGGCUGUGUCUCGCUUGAGCCGGAUCGUCUCCUCCGCCUCCACCGACCUCCAGGACUACACCUAUUACUUCGUUCCUGCGCCCUGGCUCUCUGUGAAGCUGCUGCGGCUGCUGCAGUGCUACCCACCGCCAGAGGACGCGGCUGUGAAAGGGCGGCUAGUGGAGUGUCUCGAGACUGUGCUCAACAAAGCCCAGGAGCCCCCCAAGUCCAAGAAGGUGCAGCACUCCAACGCCAAGAACGCCAUCCUCUUUGAGACCAUUAGCCUCAUCAUCCACUAUGACAGUGAGCCCAACCUCCUGGUCCGCGCUUGUAACCAGCUGGGCCAGUUCCUACAGCACCGGGAGACGAACCUGCGAUACCUGGCCCUGGAGAGCAUGUGCACGCUGGCCAGCUCUGAGUUCUCCCACGAGGCUGUCAAGACCCACAUUGAUACCGUCAUUAAUGCCCUCAAGACGGAGCGGGAUGUCAGUGUGAGGCAGAGGGCGGCCGACCUCCUAUAUGCCAUGUGUGACCGGAGCAAUGCCAAGCAAAUUGUGUCAGAGAUGCUGCGGUACCUGGAGACUGCUGACUAUGCCAUUCGAGAGGAGAUUGUGCUGAAAGUGGCCAUCCUGGCCGAGAAGUAUGCAGUGGACUACAGCUGGUAUGUGGACACAAUCCUCAACCUCAUCCGCAUCGCGGGCGACUAUGUGAGCGAGGAAGUGUGGUACCGAGUGCUGCAGAUUGUCACCAACCGUGAUGAUGUCCAGGGUUAUGCUGCCAAGACAGUGUUUGAGGCCCUCCAGGCCCCAGCCUGCCAUGAGAACAUGGUGAAGGUUGGUGGCUACAUCCUUGGGGAGUUUGGGAACUUGAUUGCUGGGGACCCACGCUCCAGCCCGCCUGUGCAGUUCUCACUGCUGCACUCCAAGUUCCACCUGUGCAGCGUGGCCACUCGUGCCCUGCUGUUGUCCACCUAUAUCAAGUUCAUCAACCUUUUCCCUGAGACCAAGGCCACCAUCCAGGGAGUGCUGCGUGCCGGCUCCCAGCUACGCAAUGCCGAUGUGGAACUCCAGCAGCGGGCAGUGGAGUACCUCACCCUCAGCUCCGUAGCCAGCACCGAUGUUCUGGCUACUGUGCUAGAAGAAAUGCCCCCAUUUCCUGAACGUGAGUCAUCCAUCCUGGCCAAGCUGAAGCGCAAGAAGGGCCCUGGGGCAGCCAGUGCCCUGGAUGACAGCCGAAGGGACACCAGCAACAAUGACAUCAAUGGUGGUGUGGAACCCACCCCCAGUACCGUGUCAACACCCUCCCCCUCCGCGGACCUCUUGGGGCUGCGGGCAGCCCCUCCCCCUGCUGCACCUUCAGUUCCUGUAGGUGGGAACCUGCUGGUGGAUGUCUUCUCUGAUGGCCCCACUGCACAGCCCAGCCUGGGGCCUACCCCCGAGGAGGCCUUCCUCAGCGAGCUGGAGCCCCCUGCCCCUGAGAGCCCCAUGGCUUUGUUGGCUGACCCAGCUCCAGCUGCUGACCCAGGUCCCGAGGACAUAGGCCCUCCCAUCCCAGAAGCCGACGAACUGCUCAACAAGUUCGUGUGUAAGAAUAGUGGGGUCUUGUUUGAGAACCAGCUGCUGCAGAUUGGAGUCAAGUCCGAGUUCCGGCAGAACCUGGGCCGGAUGUACCUGUUCUAUGGCAACAAGACUUCUGUGCAGUUCCAGAGCUUCUCGCCCACUGUGGUCCACCCCGGAGACCUGCAGACUCAGCUGGUGGUGCAGACGAAGCGUGUGGCCGCGCAAGUGGACGGUGGUGCCCAGGUGCAGCAGGUGCUCAACAUCGAGUGUCUGCGAGACUUUCUGACGCCUCCGCUGCUGUCUGUGCGCUUCCGGUACGGUGGCACCGCCCAGUCCCUCACUCUGAAGCUACCAGUGACCAUCAACAAAUUCUUCCAGCCCACGGAGAUGGCUGCCCAAGACUUUUUCCAGCGCUGGAAGCAGCUGAGCCUCCCCCUGCAGGAAGCACAGAAAAUAUUCAAAGCCAACCACCCCAUGGAUGCUGAAGUUACUAAGGCCAAGCUUCUGGGGUUUGGCUCUGCUCUACUGGACAAUGUGGACCCUAACCCUGAGAACUUCGUGGGUGCUGGAAUCAUCCAGACGAAAGCCCUGCAGGUGGGGUGUCUGCUUCGGCUGGAGCCCAAUGCCCAGGCCCAAAUGUACCGCCUGACCCUGCGCACCAGCAAAGAGCCUGUCUCCCGUCACUUGUGUGAGUUGCUGGCCCAGCAGUUCUGAGCCCUGGACUUGCUCUGGGAUGUGGCCAGUGCCAGGCAGCCCUGGGAUGGAGGCAGCUGUGGUGGAGGGGGCAGCGAGGAGACCUCCGGUGGUGACAGCGAAGACCCCAGGGAUGGAGGCCUGCCUGAGCUUCCUCUGGCCUUUUGUAUUUUUAGUUUUGUUCAUCUGCUGCUGUUUACAUUCUGGGGGGGUCAAGGGAAGCACCCUCCCUCCCUUGUCCCCCGGAGCACAGAGGGGAGAGGAGCCAGAGAAGUCGGUACCUCCUCCCCUCCCCCCCAUUGUCGCCCGCCCUCCCCUCUCUCCCCAUCUGGGGCGUGUAUUAUUGUGAGUGAAUAAACAGAGAGACGCUAAUGUUA